AUGGAUCAGACGUGUAGGACCUGCGGUCGUGCUGGCGGGUCAAGCUCGCAGUCGCCAUCAUCAGCAACGGCCUUGACCGUUUCGACUUCGACCCGACCGUCGACAGAGCUCGACCGGGAAAGGGACUCCGACUCCUCCCCGCCCCUCUCGCCAGAAAAGGAGCUGGAACUCCUUCGAGCGCAAGUGAGGGAUAUCGCCAGGGUAUGUAGGGCGGUCGCCAUGGGUAACCUAGAGAACAAGAUCACCGUUCCCGUCGAAGGGCCGAUCAUGAGCGAGUUAAAGGAGGUGAUCAACGGGAUGGUGGAUCAGCUGAAGAGUUUCGCUGGAGAGGUCGAGAGGGUGGCUACCGAGGUCGGCACGGAAGGUCGUCUCGGGGGACAAGCCGUCGUCGAAGGAGUCCAGGGGACAUGGCGUGACCUGACUUUCGUCGUCAACAAGCUCGCUGCCAACCUGACUCAACAAGUCAGGGCCAUCAGCGAGGUCACCACUGCCAUCUCCAAGGGAGACCUGUCACGCACCAUCGAGGUCCCGGCCGAGGGUGAACUGCUCGAACUCAAAUUGACCAUUAACAACAUGGUCAAGAUGUUGCGAAACUUGGCCGACGAGGUCAGUAUCGUCAGUCUCGAGGUCGGAAGUCAGGGAAAAUUGGGUCGGACGGCGAACGUGCCUGAUGUCCAGGGGGUUUGGAGCGAGUUGGUCUUGAACGUCAAUCGAAUGUGCUCGUCCCUCACGGACCAAGUGCGAAGUAUCGGGUAUGUCGCUACGGCCAUCGCCAAUGGGGACUUGUCGCAAAAGGUCGAAAUCGAGGCUGCAGGAGAGAUUGCCAUCUUGAAAGAUACCGUCAAUAACAUGGUCGCUCAAUUGACCGUCUUCGCGCGAGAAGUUUCGAGGGUCGCCUUGGAGGUAGGGACCAAGGGAAUUCUUGGAGGUUCUGCUCAGGUUGAGGGGGUCGGCGGGGUCUGGUUGGAAUUGACGACCAACGUCAAUCAAAUGGCGCAAAACUUGACCGAGCAAGUUCGAGAGAUCGCCCAAGUGACUAGUGCCGUAGCAGCAGGUGAUUUGACCAAGCUGCUGACGACACAACGAAGCGCCGGAGAGAUCCUCAGCUUGAAGCAGACCGUCAACGGAAUGGUCUCCCAACUGCGAAUCUUUACAGCCGAAGUAACAAAGGUCGCUAUCGCCGUCGGCACUGAGGGCCGUCUUGGAGGUCAAGCCGUCGUACCUGACGCCUUGGGAGAAUGGAAGGACCUGCUCGAUAACGUCAACUUGAUGGCAGGAAACCUGACGACCCAGGUCAGGGGUAUUGCUACCGUGACGAGAGCUAUCGCUCGAGGUGAUCUCUCGCAGAAGAUCGAUGUUGUGGUACAUGGGGAAAUUCAGUUGCUUAAAAUCGACGUCAACGGCAUGGUAGAUUCGCUUCGAUCGUUCUCGUCGGAGGUAGUCCGGGUAGCCCAACAAGUGGGUCUUGAAGGAAAACUCGGUAUACAAGCUCAAGUGCAAGACGUCGAGGGGGUGUGGAAAGAGAUCACCACGAACGUAAACGCCAUGGCUGCCAACCUGACAAGUCAAGUGCGAGCCUUUGCUCAGAUUUCGGCCGCGGCAACCGACGGAGACUUCACCAAAUUCAUCACGGUCGAGGCCAGUGGAGAAAUGGAUUCGCUCAAGACCAAGAUCAAUCAAAUGGUAUACACGCUGCGAGAGUCCAUAUCGAAGAACACGCAGGCGAGACAGGCAGCCGAACUCGCCAACAGAUCGAAGAGCGAGUUCUUGGCAAAUAUGAGCCAUGAGAUCCGUACUCCCAUGAAUGGAAUCAUUGGAAUGACCGUAUUGACUCUGGAAACCGAGCUCACGAGGCAGCAGAGGGAGAAUCUGAUGAUCGUAUCGCAAUUAGCCGGGUCUCUGUUGACCAUUAUCGACGACAUUCUCGAUAUUUCUAAGAUCGAGGCGGGUCGCAUGACCAUGGAGGAAAUUCCGUUCUCGCUCCGAACAACGUUAUUUGGCGUCCUCAAGACCCUUUGCGUCAAGGCCGCUCAGAACAGUCUGGACUUGAUUGCCAACGUAGAUCCGACGAUUCCGGACCACAUCAUCGGAGAUACGCUACGUCUGCGACAGAUCAUCACAAAUUUGAUCGGGAACGCCGUCAAGUUUACGACCAAGGGUCAAGUCGCCCUCAGCUGUCGAUGCGUGAAAGAUUACGAGGAUGCCGUCGAGCUGGAAUUCUGCGUUGCCGAUACGGGUAUCGGUAUCAAGCAAGACAAGCUCGACCUGAUCUUUGAUACGUUUGCACAAGCAGACGGGUCGACGACGAGAAAGUACGGAGGAACCGGUCUCGGACUGUCGAUUUCGAAAAGACUGGUCAGCUUGAUGGGAGGCAAGCUCUGGGUGCAGAGCAUUUACGGCAAGGGUAGUCGCUUCUACUUUACGAUGAUGGCCAAAAAGACGGCCAGGACGACGCUGCAGGUCUUGGACCGAUUGGCACCGUGGGCGAAACGGCACGUCCUCUUUAUCAACACUUUGGGCGACACCUCUCGUAUACCCGAAACAUUGAUGGAGCUCAACUUGCAACCGGUCGUCAUCAACUCUGUACAAGGAGUGUGGGAGCCUGCUAUCUCCGGUGACAAGGCGCCGGCCUUCCACGCCGUCAUUGUGGACACUCUGAUGACGGCUGAAAAGCUGAGAGAGGUCGAGCACUUGCGAUUCAUGCCGAUCGUCCUGCUUGCGCCUACCAAUAUCCUUUCCCCCGUUCCCGUCAAGACGUGCCUGGACAUGGGUAUCACGUCCUAUUUCACGACCCCGCUCAACAUGGCGGACCUAUCCAGCGCCCUCUUGCCCGCACUCGAGAGCCAUCAGUUACAACCGACCGAUCCGGGCAAGAACAACUCGCUCGACAUCUUGCUGGCGGAAGACAACUUUGUCAAUCAAAAGCUCGCCGUCAAGCUGCUCGAGGGCGGCGGACACCGAGUGGAUGUGGCGGACAAUGGACAGGUGGCGUUUGAAAAGUACAGGGACGCGAUGUUGGCCAAGAAGCCCUAUGCCGUCAUCCUGAUGGAUGUCUCGAUGCCCGUCGUGGGAGGACUCGAAUCGACGAGCAUGAUCCGGAACUUGGAGGAUCAGGAAGGGUAUAAACGGGUCCCGAUCAUCGCGUUGACAGCACAUGCCAUGUUGGGUGACAAGGAACGGUGCCUAGCCGCAGGGAUGGACGACUUCGUCUCGAAACCCGUCCGACGUACAGACCUCUUGUCAACGAUCGCCAAGGUAAUCCGGGCGGGCAUCACCGUGGCGAGUCUGGCAAACGAACAACGAGUAUGA